AGUUGGUACUUUUAUUCUGUAAUAUCAGGAGGAAAUAGUCAAUUUGCGCUGACACCAUGUUCGAAUCACUUUGUCCGAACUUCAAAGCAGUGUUUAUUUAUAUCAUGUUAAAUAUUUAUUAUUAGAUGUUAAUUUUUGAAAACAAUCCAAUGAAUUUUUGUAUCGCUAAUCUUUUCGGGUGUAUAUCGAACUUGUAAAAUAAGUUGAAACUCGUGUUGUUUGUAUAUUCGAUAGUGCAGUUAAUUCAGUGUAUAUUAUCAAGUAUUAUUGAUAACAAGGUAUUACAUUAUUAGUAAAUAUAUAUUUUCAUCAUAAAAGUUUGAAAAUACGAUUAUAAAUAUUACAUGUGAGCCGGUGAAUAUGGUAUAGCCGGCAAGGUGGGUCGAAGAGAGUAUGGCCAGAGUGCGGAUGUUCAGAUGGACUUGGGUUUGGGCUUGGACUGCGUUAGCUGGACUAUGCGCUCUGGCCGCAACCGAGAGUCAACAGCAAUGCCCCCCGGUAGGCGAGAUAGCACCGUGUUCCUGUACGGUAAAAAAGAACGGCCUGGAUAUUCUCUGCGAAUUCACUGAUCAGCAACACGUCAACGAUGCCAUGGGCAAACUGAAAGGAAAGUCUCUGGUCAUUUUCUAUUUGAAACUGAGACAUAAUAACCUAAAAAAAUUGACCGGUUUCAUUUUCUUGGGUUUGGACAUCAGGCAUCUUACAAUCCAUAAUAGUAGUUUAUCUGUCGUGGAAGAAGCAUCACUUAGUUCUAUAGGAAAAAUGUUGACCCAAUUAGACGUAUCACAAAAUAGUUUAACGAUGGUCCCAUCGGCAGCUUUCAGAAAUCUCAACCAAUUGCUUAUUUUGAAUAUGAAUCACAAUAAAGUGACCAGUCUCCAUGCUAAAGCUUUUCAAGGAUUGGAUACUUUGGAAAUACUCACGCUUUAUGAAAAUAAGAUAACUAACAUCGACAUUGACGCUUUUGUAGGACUCGAAAAGAAACUGAAACGACUGAAUUUGGGUGGAAAUGGUUUAACUUCUGUACCUCAGAAGUCCCUUGCAAUUUUAGAUAUGCUGAAGAAGUUGGAAAUGCAGGAGAAUAGGAUAUCUGAAAUAAAGGAAGGUGAUUUUUAUGGUCUUAAAAAUUUGGAUUCGUUAGGUUUGGCUCAUAAUAAAUUACGAAAAGUUCCAGCAAAAGUAUUUUCACAUCUGACGAUGUUGAAUUCCUUGGAAUUAGAGGGAAAUAACAUCGACACAAUUGAUCCAGAGGCUUUUGUAGGACUAGAAGGAAAUCUUCAGUAUCUUCGACUAGGCGAUAAUAACAUCCACACAAUUCCAACAGAUGCACUGAAAGAACUGCACCGGUUGCGUCAUUUGGAUUUGAGAUCGAACAACAUCAGUUAUAUAGCAGAAGAUGCCUUUUCAGGAUAUGGAGACUCGAUAACUUUUCUAAAUUUGCAAAAGAACGAUAUAAGAACAUUGAGUGGUAUGGUUUUCGAAAAUCUGAAUUCUCUAGAAACACUCAAUUUACAAAACAACAAACUGAUGCAUGUUCCUGAAGAUGUAAUGGAUCCUGUUUUAGAUACUCUCCGAGUUGUUGAUAUAAUGGAUAAUCCGUUACUUUGCGAUUGCGAGCUUCAGUGGUACAAAAAUUGGUUGCGUAAUCUGAAAGAUAAAGACGACGAUCUGAUGCAGAAGAAACGAACGGUUUGUACAAUGCAACACGAACACCGAGAGUACAGUCUUCAGAGUCUACCUCUGGAUAAGAUGAAGUGUGUUCCGAAAAUAUAUGAUUUAGGUGUAAACAGAGCUGAUUACGGCACUCAUUCUGUUUUAUCAGUAGUCGCCAUUACGGGCACCACUAUAUGUGUUUUAGCUAGGUAUUUUCAACCGUAAAUAGAAUUUAGUGAGUUAGUAUACAAGCUAAAGAAGAUCUGUGUUAAUUUGUAAACAUAACAUUUACGAGAAAAAAAGUGUUUUUAUUAUAAAAUUUAUAGUUACGUAUAAGUUAUCAUAUUAGGCAGCGUGUAUUUUUAUGAGUUAAAUCACAAGCUUUUUUGCUCUAAGAUCUUAAAGUGUAUCACUAGUAGCUGUUUGGGAUAUUUUUUAAAUACACCAUGAAUAUUCAUUGAGGUAUCUUGUCAAUUAGACGUUAAAGAUUCCAUCUUUAUGUUUAUAUGAAAAAUAGGUACCAAUGUGAUAGUUUCAUGGGGUAUUUCGGGGAAUAUAUACAUAGGAAUUGUUCAAGAAAAUGAGUCUAAUACGUAGAAUUAUUUCAUCUUUUGUAUACCAAACUCAUGAAAAUAUUUUAACUGCAGUAGUUGAUUGACGUCGUUAAGAAGCAUCGAGUCAUGUUUCACAAAUAUAAUCCACCCUCAAUCAUUACAAAAAUUGAUAUUAGCUCAAAAGGUACAAAAACAAACAUUCCUAAGACAUUUUAAAUAAUUAUUGUUAGAAUAGAAAUAAAUAAUUCCCAAAUUUUGAUACAUAUUUGAAAAGAAAUAGUUUUUGAAAUAUGGUGAUUGACUCUAUUUGAUUGUUAUUUCCAGUACAAUCAAAAUUAGGCUACAUUAUACUAAAUAAUCAAGCUAUUACCAAUUGGAAAUUUCCAAACAAAUAUUUGAUACUGACAGCGAGAGUGAUCUUUAGAAAAUCACUUAUUAAUAUAUAAAAAAUGAGUUAAAUUAUUUUUUUUAUAUUAUUUGUAAGAUCCAAUGAAAAGACCACAGAAACUUAUUGAAACAAUGACCUUAAUGAUUGAGAUUCACAUACAAACAUCGCAAAUGAAGUUUAUUCAAUGCUAUAGUACAUCUUUUGACACAAAGUAUGUUUCAUUUUGAUUUUUAUUUCAGCCGAUGCUUUCUCCUAGAUCAUUUUAUGUUGUUUAUACAGUACCAAUAGCUAUAACCAGACCGAAAGAUUCACGGUGCACUUCACUAAGUAAAGGAUAUAUCAAGCGAGAUAAACCAGAAAUAGAUUUCAAACAAUCUGGUUGACUGUAAUGUUCUCUUUUGAAAUGAUAUCUUCUUCAUCUACUUGGAACAAACCCAGUUAAUGGUUAACCAGGUGCUGACUCUUCAUUUUCUGCUGCUGUUCUCAAAACAUAAAGUAUCUUCUGGUACUGUUGGUGGUUUCUCAUUUUCCGUAAUUAUAUGCUGUUUUUGAUACUUACGGGAUAUAAACUAGGAAGGAUUGACUGAAGAAAAAUAUUAAA